CUACGCCGACGGUCUGUUCGAGCCGCGGCGAGCGCAGGACGGCAGCGAGCUGCCGUCGGCCCGCGUCGUCAGCAUGAUCGUCAUCCCUACCCACCACGCCGAGAACGCCCAGCACAGCAUGCUGCUCAUGCAGUUCGGCCAGUUCCUGGACCAUGACGUCACUCACACGCCCAUGAUCGAGACUGACGACGGCGUGAAGAUCAGCUGCUGCCGAUACGGCGUGAAGGUGCGCGAGGGCGAGAUCCAUUCCGAGUGCUACCCCAUCGAGAUGCCGCCCAACGACCCGUUCUACGCGCCGUUCGGAGAGCGCUGCAUGGAGCUGGUGCGCUCCGUGUACGCGCCCCGGCCCAGCUGCUACAUGGGCCCCCGCGAACAGAUGAACCAGAUCACGGCCUACGUGGACGCCAGCAACGUAUACGGCUCCUCGGAGCACGAGGCCGAGGAGCUGCGCGAACACAGCGGCGGCCUGCUCAAGUCGCGGCCAGUCCACGGCCAUCCGUACCUGCCGGCCGACUCCUUCACCUGCAAGGACGUCAAGAUGCCGGAGUGGACCUGCUUCAAGGCAGGCGAUGAGCGAGUCAACGAGCAGGUGGACCUGGUGGUGAUGCACACGCUGUGGAUGCGCGAGCACAACCGGCUGGCGCGAGCUUUGCACGCGGUGAACCCGCGCUGGGACGACGAGCGGCUCUUCCAGGAGGCGCGCCGGAUCGUGGCCGCCGAGAUGCAGCACAUCACGUACAAUGAGUUCCUGCCCAUCGUGAUUGGACGCCGUCACAUGCAGAAGACGAAGCUGCUGUCGCCACUGAAGAGCGGCUUCACCAACAACUACGAUCCCGAAAUCAGUGCCGGGAUCACGAACGAGUUUUCGACGGCCGCGUUCAGGAUGGGCCACACCCUGAUCCCAGACAACAUCAUUUCGAUGACCCAGUUCGGCAGCAAGGAGAAGGUGACUCCGCUGCACCGAACCCAGUUCACCCCCUUCGACCUGUACCGCCGCGACGCCUUCAGUGGCCUCCUGCGCGGCCUGCUCGAGAUGCCCAGCAUGAAGUUCGAUAACGCCUUCAGCAAGGAGCUGCUGGGCCACCUGUUUCAGUUUGAGGGCCUGUUCGGGAUGGACCUGAUAGCGCUCAACAUCCAGCGGGGUCGAGACCACGGCAUCCCACCCUACAACAAACUGCGCGAGAUCUGCGGCCUGAAGAAAGCCACCACCUGGAGCGACUUCGCCAGCGAAAUCGACUCACAGACCCUAAGCAAGUUCGCGUUGCUGUACAAGUCGGUGGACGACGUGGACCUGUUCAUCGGCGGUGUGUCCGAGCGCCCGGUGGAUGACGCGCUGGUAGGCCCCACUUUCCGCUGCAUCAUCACCGACCAGUUCGCUCGCCAGAAGGCCGGCGACAGAUACUUCUACGAGGAGGGCGGACAGACCGGCUCAUUCACUCUCGACCAGCUGGCCGAGCUGAGGAAGACGCGACUCUCACGCAUCAUCUGCGACAACGAGGAAAUCGGCUGGGUGCAGCCGAAUGCCAUGCUCAACCCGGACCCGGUGAAGAAUCCUCGGACGGCCUGCGCCGACCCGACGGCCAUACCCAGCCUAGACCUUUCCAAAUGGGCGGAGUGACUGUUUAGCGGCGACGUGCAUCCGCCUGUCGCAGCAGCGACGCUGGUUCCGGCGCGUCGUGUUUGCCCCGCGGUGCGCCUCCUGGAGCCUAGAGAGAGAUACAGGGAGAGAGGGCAGUGUCCAUUCUUACUGCCGAUGUGAUAGACAUGUUGGCGUGAGUAUCAGUACACACAAUGUGUAACGUCAGGUGAUGCUUUAAUCUGGAUCUUAACUUGACGCAAAAGCAAGGAAUAUGAUGACGUGAUGGUUUUCUCACGAAGAGCUACGACGUAGUGAAGGUAUCUGAAACUGCUGAGGAGGUCGUGCAUUUUCAACCAGAACUUCUACGCAGCAUCUGUUGUCUGUUGGUGUAAAAGUUGUACACAUGGCUGGCAUAUUGAUAAUUACUAGAAUAUACCUGAUGUGCCAUGAUCUCUUGGGAACAUAAUACAGGAACAGUGUUUCUACUAUUCCGUACGAAAUUUCUGCCAAACAAUGAAGACCGCGACGCAAGUACUCAGUACUGAGUCGAUUGACACCAUAGGGCCGACAACGACGUGCGCGUGCAUGGAAACUGGCAUCUGCACGUUUAUGUGACGCACGGUAAUCUGAUAGGAUUAGGAAGGUUCGGUACUUAUGAGGUGUGUAAGAGGGCUUAGCUUCACCAACGGCAGAUGAAAGAUGGACAAGGCUACACUUCCUUUGAACGUCCCUUGUUUGCUGCUUGUCAGCUAUGCCGUAAUGCCGUGAUGUGUUUGCGUGGUGUCGAAGAUGCCAACCAACUUGAACGCAAAAGGGUUCUUCCAGGGAAACGCAUUCGAGGGAAACACAUUCCCCCCAAAAAAGGAAACACAUUCGAGUGCAGGCUUCUUACGUUCUGUGCCGCG